AAAACGAAAAAUAAAUAAAUAAAGAAAAAUAACACAAAUUCCUAACGAAAAUCAAAUUUUAAAUUCCGGUUCGCGCACAAAACCAAUGCAAAAUACAAUGCAAGCCUGCGCAGCGGCCGCUGCAGAUGCGUCGACGUCGACGUCUACGCCUGCGUCGCCGCCGGACUUUGAUUUCCAGAUGCCGUGUCGCUAUUUCAAAAGUUCUUUUGCGCGUUCGCUUUCGCUGAACAACAACAACAAUGGGAAUGGGAAUGGGAGCAGCGCUUUGGCAUUGCCCAAGAAGUCGCCGCAAAUUGAGGCCAAGCAGCAGCAGCAGCAACAGGAGUCGCUCUGCUUGACGCCGCCGCCAGCGCUGCCCGCGCGACGUCACACGACGACCAACAACAACAACAACAACAACUUGACACAUUUCAAUGCAGCGCCGACUAAUCAGCAACAACAACAACAACAACAACAACAACAACAACAGCAGCAACAACAACUCCAGCGGGAUCUGAAUCUUGCCCUCACUUGGUCAAUGCAGGAUGCCAGUCAUGUUGCCGCACCCAACAACAACAACAACAACGGCUGCAACAACUACAACAACAACAACAACAACUUGCCACCGCUAGCCGCACAUGAGCAAUCGUUAAAUGUCGAGGCUGUCAUAUUGCAAAAUCAGGUGGACACAUUGCAAUGGCAAUUGAAGCAGACAGAAACCAAUUGUGAAAUGUAUCGAGCUGUAAUGGAGGAAGUCGCGCGCUUCUUCGAGCGCUAUCAACAGCAGCAACAACAACAACAACAGUUGCAACAGCAGCAGCAACAGUUGCAGCAACGGCAGCAGCAAGCGAAUCGCCACAGCUUGGGCGGCGGCCUGGGCGAGCAAAUCUCACGCUCGAAGAGUCUGCAUCAUGUGCACGGCGUGCAGAGCGAUCCCAAUGGCUGCCCGGAGCUGGCAGCUGGCGGCAAUAGCUGCGCCGGCUCCGUCGCCUCGUGCAACAGCUCCGCCUCGUAUUUGCGCGCGCGCAGCAGCACGAAUCUGAUGCUAAACAAAUCGAUGCUGACCAUGAACGAGGAGCACAGCUACGAGAGCAUUGCGCCAGCGGGCAGCUACAAUGCCUUCAAGGACUUCACCUGGCGACGCUCGCCCAAGAAGUUGGGCGGCUGCAAGUCGCGUCUCUCCUCGCCAGAGGCAGCCGAGGAGAAGCUCAACCAGGAGGCCUUUCGCCUGGCGCGCACCAUACGCAAUCUGCUGCACAUGUCUGGGCAGCAGCCGGAUCUCACGCAGCCGCGUCAUUCGAUGGUCUCCUUGGCCGGCGGCCAGCGUCUCUGCAAGAAUCAGAAAACCAGCUCAGUGUUGACGCUGCUCGCAGCUGCACCCGCGCCCGCGCCGCUGCACAAUUCGACCGGCCUGGAUGUGACGGCCAACCAUCCGCCGGCUGUCAAGUGCAACGGCGAUCUGGACAACGGCAGCAAUGCCAACAACGCCGCCACCGUCGCCGCCAGCAGCGCUGAGAUGCUGUUUUUACGCGCCAACCAGAUGCGUGAUUCGCGUUUGUCGCUGCGCAGCUCCACCGAUAGCUCUGUGCAUUCCACCAUCUCCUCGACGGCCUCGUCCUCAUCCAAAAUCGAAACCGAUGAGGAGCAUACCGCCAACAAUAACAACAACAACAAUGAUAAUAAGCAGAGCAAGCCAGCUGCGAGCAGCAACUGCAAUAAUAAUGGCUCCAGCACGGAGGAUGAGAGCGGCUUCAGCUCCAUCAGCUCGUUCCAUGAUGUGGGUCUGCCGCUCAGCUCCACCUUGAUUGGCGGCAACAAUUGCCGCCUCUCGCUCUCCACAGAGAGCCGCAACUCGACGCUGAAGUCGGCGCUGAAUGUGGUGGGCGUGCCGCUGCAACCGCUGCAACCACAGCUCGCGGCCAGCUGCCAGACGCAAUCGCCAGCGAAAACCUAUCGGAAUGCCAAUCGCUAUCAGCGCUUCUCCACGCUCUCCAACGAGGAUGCAGCCGCUGUGCUCUGGGUCUAGGCUGAGCCCAUUCUCGCACCGAUGCCCAAAACCCACCCCAGUGGCAUUUCUCGCUCCAUUUCAAUUAAGUUUUUUUUUAGUUUUUAUGUUCUUCUACUCGCUAGUGCCUCUCUCUCUCUCUCUCUU